AUGACUAUCUCCCGAGUCGGCGUCGGCAACGCUAAUGCCUCUCCAACAUCCGCACUACUCCUGCACAUCCUGCAAGAUAUAUCUGGCCGCAUUGCAACGAUCUGCUUCGCCCACCGCGUCGGCACAGCCCUUGAACCAGAAUGUAAAACAUACCGGCUAGCAGCAGACGUCUUCAACGAUGUUGCCAUGAUCCUCGACUGUCUCUCGCCGGGUGUUCCUGCCGGACCGCCGCGGGUGAUUGUCCUCAGCACAGCCGGUGUCCUCAGGGCCCUCUGUGGUGUAGCCGGGGGCAGCUCGAAGGCGAGCUUGAGUGCUCAUUUUGCUAAAUGGGGGAAUUUGGCGGAGCUUAAUGCUAAAGACUCAUCUCAGGAGACAGUCAUUUCUCUUUUCGGAAUGCUGGUCGGAUCCGUAGUCAUCUCCCACAUAACCAGCUUCAGCACAACCUGGCUCCUCCUCCUAAUCCUCCUAGCCCUACAUCUAAGCAUGAACUACGCCGCCGUACGCGCCGUCCAAAUGACAAGUCUAAACCGACAGCGCGCGAACAUCGUCUUCUCAGCUCUCCUAGACUCAGACAGGGGUCUAGCACUAGUACUCGAUCUCGAUCCUACCACACCCACCCCAUCCGAAAAGAAAUUGAAAAUCCUCACACCAGCACAGGUAUCCAACCACGAACGUAUCUUCCACCGAGACGGAGCCUUGCAGUGGACACAGCAGCACUCAAACACGCAUACAAUAACCCACCAUCUAGGAUCCGCGCAGAUAGGAGUGUCCAUGUCUACCUUUCUAGGCGGUUCUGGGUCAGGUAACACAUCGUUCCAACGCACCCUCCCGCUACAGCGACUUGCAGCUGUUUUCGCGAAUGAGUUUCAUAUCUUGUUUCUCGUGCCGUUGUCGAAUACGGAAAGUGAUGCGAAAUGGCAUGCUUCGAUUCUUCUGAAGCGGGGGUGUACCGUUGAACAUCAAUUGAAGGCGUGGGCUCAUGCUUUGCUGGCUGCGAGGGUUCUGGCCCGGAUUACAAUUGACUCUUCUGUUGAUGCGGUUCUUACUGUUGUGGAGGGGACGCUUGCUUUGCUGAAUACUGAGAAUCGUUUUGAGAGGUAUAUCACGGGGUUGAGUGGUGUUGGGUGGGAUGUUGAUAUUGCUGCUUUGGAGACGAGGGGUGGACGGAGGAUUGAUAUUUGA